AUUUUAUAAAAGCACGUUUUCACGUCUUUCCUGCGAAGUCAAUGACUCUUUGGCGCAGUAGAUUACAAAAAUCGCUGUACUUUCUUACUCAAAAGACAAAUUAUUCUCGUGCAAGAAUGCCUCCAAAGAAGAAACAAGAAGAGAAAACAAUUUCUUUGCUGGGAAGGUUUGGAACGUCACUUAAAGUUGGCAUAGUUGGACUACCAAACGUUGGAAAGUCAACAUUCUUCAAUGUGCUAACGAAAAGCCAGGCAUCUGCUGAGAAUUUCCCCUUUUGUACCAUUGAUCCCAAUGAAAAUAAGGUACCUGUUCCGGAUGAGCGUUACGAUUUCCUUUGUGAUUUUCAUAAACCAGCUAGUAAAGUUCCAGCAUUUUUAAAUGUUGUUGAUAUUGCUGGUUUAGUAGAAGGAGCUAAUGAAGGACAGGGUUUAGGGAAUGCGUUUUUAUCUCACAUCAAAGCUUGUGAUGCUAUCUUUCAGAUGCUUAGGGCAUUUGAUGAUGAAGAUAUAACUCAUGUUGAUGGGAGUAUUGAUCCAGUCCGCGAUCUUAAAACUAUUUUAAAAGAACUCCGACUUAAGGAUGUUGAAUAUUUCAAAGCAAGAUUUAAUGACAAUGAGAAGAAAUGUAUCAGGGGUGGAGACAAGAAACAAGCAGAGGAGUUUAAAAUUGUUACCAAAAUUUUAAAGAUUCUUGAAGAAGAUGAAAAACAUUUACGUUUCAUAAAUGAUUGGAAUUCUGUGGAAAUAGAAGUUUUAAAUCGUCACUUACCAAUCACCGCAAAACCUAUGGUAUAUCUUGUGAACUUAUCAGAAAAAGAUUUUAUACGCAAAAAAAAUAAAUGGCUUGCUAAAAUUAAGCAAUGGAUAGAUGAAAAUGAUCCUGGUGCACAACUUAUUCCAUUUAGUGGAGCAUUUGAACUGAAAGCAUUUGAAAUGGAACCUGAAGAAUUUCAAAAAUAUUGUGAGGAAGUAAAAGCACAGAGUGUUCUUCCAAAAAUUAUAAAAUCUGGCUUCAAUUUGUUACAACUGCAAUAUUUUUUUACUGCGGGAAAAGAUGAAGUCAAAGCCUGGACUAUACAAAAAGGAACAAAAGCUCCUCAGGCAGCUGGAAAAAUUCAUACAGAUUUUGAGAAAGGUUUUAUAAUGGCUGAGGUUAUGAAGUAUGAUGACUUUAAAGAAAUUGGAUCUGAACAAGCAGCUAAGGCGGCUGGCAAGUACAGACAGGAGGGUAAACAAUAUGUAGUGAAUGAUGGCGACAUUAUAUUCUUUAAAUUUAAUGCUGGCUCUGGGCUUACUGCUAAAAAGAAAUAGAACCAACACUUUUGUAAAUUUUUUGAAGAUAUAGAAAUAUAUAAUUUCUAGCUUUUA